AUAUAACGUAUAUACUUAUUUUUGUGCAUGAGAUGAAGCCUUUAGAGACAUUAUUCACAAUCUCAGAUAACAACUCCUUAAUGAGGAAAUAUAAGGGGAAAAGCAAAACAAGAAAAUUUUGUCUAUGCCUCCAAUCAAUCUUCCCUAUCUUAGAUUGGGGAAGAUAUUACACUAUCCGAAACUUGAGAGGUGAUUUCAUUGCUGGACUCACCACUGCAAGUCUCUGCAUUCCUCAGGAUAUUGCAUAUGCCAAGCUUGCAAAUUUGGACCCUCACCAUGCACUAUACGCAAGCUUUGUGACACCUCUUGUGUAUGCUGCCAUGGGAAGCUCAAGAGACAUUGCUAUAGGACCUGCAGCUGUGGUCUCACUCUUGCUUGGAGCUAUGCUUUCUCAUGACAUUAGAGACCACAAGAGCCAUGAAUAUCUACGUCUUGCCUUCACUGCUACAUUCUUUGCCGGAGUUACUCAGCUCGCACUCGGCGUUCUUAGGCUCGGUUUCUUGAUAGACUUCUUAUCUCAUGCUGCCAUUGUGGGAUUCAUGAGUGGAGCUGCCAUUAUUAUUUCACUUCAACAGCUUAGAGGCCUCCUUGGCAUACCACACUUUACUAAGAAAACUGAUAUUAUUUCUGGCAUUGGCUCAGUUAAGAACGCUAUAGUGCACCAUGAGUGGAAUUUGGAGACAAUUAUCAUUGGAACAUCAUGCUUGAUCUUCCUUCUUAUAACCAAGUACAUUGGUAAAAAGCAUAAGAAACUCUUCUGGGUAGCUGCAAUUGCUCCUAUGACUUGUGUUAUAGUUUCCACCAUUUGUGUCUACAUUACAAGGGCUGAUGAGAAAGGCGUAUCAACUAUUAACCACAUCAAGGGAGGUCUUAACUCAGUUUCUGCUAAUGAAAUUUUCUUUAGAGGAAAAUAUGUUGUACGAGGUUUUCGGAUUGGUGCUGUUGCUGGUAUAGUAGCACUCACGGAAGCUGUAUCAAUUGGGAGAACAUUUGCAGCCAUGAAACAUUAUACACUGGAUGGUAACAAGGAAAUGGUUGCAAUGGGAACCAUGAACAUUGUUGGUUCUUUGACAUCUUGCUUUGUGGCCACAGGGUCUUUCUCUCGGUCAGCAGUGAACAACAUGGCUGGUUGUGAAACUGCAGCAUCAAACAUAGUGUUGUCCAUUGUUGUAUUGUUAGUACUAACAUUGUUUACACCUGUGUUUAAGUACACUCCAAAUGCAGUGCUUUCUUCAAUCAUAAUAGCAGCUACAACAAACUUGGUGAACAUAAAUGCAGUUAUCAUGAUAUGGAAGAUUGACAAAUUUGACUUCAUGGCUUGCAUGGGAGCCUUCUUUGGUGUCAUAUUCAUGAAUCUUGAAUAUGCCCUUAUAAUUGCGGUGUCAAUAUCUUUUGUGAAAAUAGUGUUUAGAGUGACAUGGCCAAAGGUUGUAGUACUUGGUAAAAUUCCAGGUACUUCUAUUUACAGGAACAUUGAGCAAUACCCUAAGGCAUUCCAGAUUACUGCCAUGCUCAUUCUUAGGGUUGAUUCUGCUAUCUACUUCACUAACUGCAACUUUGUCAAGGACAGAAUUCUGAGAUGGUUGCGUUAUGAAAAUGAGGAGAGAGCAGAAUGUGAAUUAGCCGAAAUACAAUAUGUGGUUGUUGACAUGUCAGCUGUUAGCGAUAUUGACUCGAGUGGCAUCAGUUCAUUUGAAAGGCUAUAUCAUAGCCUUGAGAAAUUACAUGUCCAGCUUGUGUUGGCAAACGUGGGGAAGAUUGUAAUGGAGAAGUUGCAGGAAUCCAAGUUAACAGAGUUAAUUGGACGAGAUAAAAUAUUCCUCUCAGUUGCUGGUGCUGUUAUUACUUAUGGUCCCAAGAGGGAAGAACUCUAACAAAAAAAACUUGAUUCUUAUAUAUAUAAACCACCUAC